CAGAAAUCAGAAUUUGGAGAAAUGAAAAGACUUCACUCUCUCUUUCACACCAUAAGUUCCUGAACAGUAAUGUUCAUCCACCAAAAGAUUCUCAAUUCUCAUGUUACGUUGAUGCUUUCUUCAAUGCACUCCAAUGUUGAAAGCAGCCUCAAGUAUUCAUUCACCAUGCAGCAGCAGCCAAUAACCUCCUCCACCUACUCCAAUUUCAGAUGCAGAGCCAAGAAAUCAGCUGGUAGUGGUAACAAUGGCGCUGGAAACGGUGUCGACCAGAGGCCCAGACGCGCCGAGACGCUUCAUCUUGACAAGAGCGGGAGAUGGCGAAGCUUCACAGCCAAAAAGAUCUCCCGGAAAAGAUGUAAUAAUAAUGGCAUCCAUUUCUCCCAUCAAAAUCUGUUUCAUCGUCACUCAUCCUCGCGGAAAAUGGCAGGUGGUUCUUUGAGGGGAUCGGGAUGGAAGUACGGAUCCGGAUUCGUGGACGGAAUCUUCCCAGUGAUGACUCCAAGUGGUCAGCAGAUUCUUGAACUGGUGCAGGGCGAAGAAGGAGUGGACGAGAACACCAUCUGGACAAUUCUCCAUAAUCUGCGUGCCUCUCACGACACAUUCGACGACCUCGUCAAUGUGCUCGUCCAGCUUCGUCUCAACCAAAAAUGGGAUCCAAUUGUCAUGAUAUGCCAAUGGAUGUUGUACAGGAGCUCAUUCAAGGCGGAUGUGAUCUGCUACAACUUGCUCAUUGAAGCGUAUGGGCGGCAAUCACAACACAACAAGGCCGAAUCCGUUUACUUUGAGCUUCUUCGUGCUAAAUGCGUGCCUACCGAACAUACUUACGCACUUCUUAUCAAGGCAUACUGCACUGCUCGCCUAACGGAGCAAGCUGAAGCGGUCGUUGCUGAGAUGAACAAGUAUGGCCUUCCACCCAGUGCAAUCGUGUACAACGCUUACAUCGAUGGGCUAAUGAAGGCAGGAAACCCGGACAAAGCAGUGGAGAUCUUUCAAAGAAUGAAGAGAGACAACUGCCAACCUUCCGCUGAGACCUACACUUUGUUGAUCAACUUAUAUGGCAAGGCUAGGCGUGCUUACAUGGCAUUGAAGUUGUUCAACGAAAUGAGAAGCCAGAGCUGCAAACCAAACAUCUGCACAUUCACCGCUCUCAUCAAUGCUUUUGCAAGGGAAGGGCAAUGCGACAAGGCAGAGGAGAUAUUCGAGCAGCUUCAAGCAGAUGGCUUCGAACCCGACGUUUACGUCUACAAUGCCCUCAUGGAGGCUUACAGCCGCGCAGGUUUCCCUUAUGGAGCAGCAGAGAUAUUCUCAGUGAUGCAGCACAUGGGUUGUGAACCAGAUAGAGCUUCAUUCAACAUCAUGGUUGAUGCAUAUGGCAGAUCCGGGCUUCAUUCCGAAGCAGAAGCUGUGUUUGAAGACAUGAAGCAACUCGGGAUGACACCAACAAUGAAGUCCCACAUGCUGCUUCUAUCCGCCUAUUCGAGAGCCGGGAAUGUGGACAAAUGCGAGGAGAUCGUGAACCAGAUGCAAGAAUCCGGGAUAGAACCAGACACAUUUGUGCUGAACAGCAUGAUCAACCUCUAUGGAAAGCAAGGCCUGUUCCACAAGAUGGAACAAACUCUAAAAGCAAUGGAUCACAAGGGAGCUUACGCAGUACCCGACAUCAGCACCUACAACAUCCUCAUCAACGUAUACGGCAGGGCAGGGUUGCUGGAAAGGAUGGAAGGUGUGUUCGGUUCUCUCCCCGAGCUGGGAUUGAAACCGGAUGUUGUUACUUGGACCUCCAGGCUAGGAGCUUACUCGAGGAAGAAGAUGUACACGAAGUGCUUGGAGAUAUUUGAGGAGAUGAUUGAUGCUGGAUGUUGCCCCGAUGGUGGGACUGCUAAAGUUCUCAUGGCUGCUUGCUGUAGUGAGGAUCAAGUUGAGCAGCUUACCACUGUGAUUAGGACUAUGCACAAGAGUAUCUCUACUACUACGCCUCUCUGAGAUUGGGAGUCAUUAACUCAUGGUUUGGUGGUGGUCAAGUUCCAGGUGGGAUCUCAGUCUCUCAUUGCCUAAUUUCAUGCUUGUAAAUAGAGAGGUUGGUCACACGAAAGAGGGCAGGGGAGAAGUCUUCUAGACAUAUAUAUUCUCCAUGGUUAGUAAAAUACGACACGUUUAAAAGUUAGCCAUCCAUUAUAAAAUUAUAAAAAUAUAGAAC